GAUAUAUCGAUUUAUGUAUUUAAAGUAUCGAAUGUACGAAACAUUUCUUUCCGAUAAAAGCCUCAUAUUGUUUAACGUCAAGUAUGUUAGAUAUUUUAAGUCUAUCUAUUUUAAUCGUUUGCAAUCUUUGAUUUUAUAAAAAAAUACGAGAAUGUUGAUGCCAAAAAAGAAUCGUGUAGCAAUUUAUGAAUAUCUCUUUAAAGAAGGUGUUAUGGUUGCAAAAAAAGAUUAUCAUGCACCAAAACAUCCAGAGUUAGAAUGUAUUCCUAAUCUUCAAGUUAUUAAGGCUAUGCAGUCUUUAAAAUCUAAAGGAUUUGUUAAAGAACAAUUUGCUUGGAGACAUUUUUAUUGGUAUUUAACAAAUGAAGGCAUUGAAUAUUUACGUGGAUAUUUGCAUUUACCUCCUGAAAUUGUACCUUCCACACUUAAGAGACAAACAAGAUCAGAAACAACAAGGCCAAGACCUGCAGCAGGUGCAAGAAGUGAAGCAUCUAGACCUACAGAAGAUCGUGCUGGAUAUAGACGAGGUCCAGGAGGUCCAGCAGGUCCUGGUGAUAAAAAAGCUGAUGUUGGUGCCGGUACAGGAGAUGUUGAAUUUCGCGGUGGUUUUGGACGUGGUAAACCACAAUAAUAUUUUAAUGUAAAAUAAUAAAUAAAAUUAAUAAUAUA